UACCAAUGGGAAAUUGCAUUGCAAACAAGAGCUAGCUAACAUAGUUAGCAACCUUGGUUUGAGAAACGCACCCCGAGUAGCCUUGGCGACCGGCUCCGCUUGCCGCCAAUCUACAGAGUUGUUUAUAUCGCAUUUGCAGCCGACACAUCGCUACACAGCUGCUACAUUAUUCUUCUUCUUUUGAGAAGUUUGUAUGGCGUUACUUGAGAGAUAUGGGCAAAUGUAAGUUUUCAGACCUCUGGCUGGAGGAAACUUCUUUUAAAGACUGGCUUAGGCCAGUAGUUGGCAACAGCCGAGAGGCGUAUUGUAACGUCUGUAAAAAAGUUAUAAACAUUACGUGGAUGGGUGUGAAGGCAGUGAAGUCUCAUAUGGAUUCAAAUAGCCACCAGACAAAGAUGCGCGGACGAAACUCGCAGCUACCGCUGUCACUGUUUUGCGCCGGGACUAGUGCUACACCGACUUCCACUGCCCCCUCAACCUCCAGCACCGUGACCACAUCUACCGCCGCCGGUACCUCAACCUCACCUGCUCCCAUCAACAGCAUUCCGAAUCAACUGCUCUCCACCACCGCCACACUGCAGGCCGAGGUACUGUGGUGUCUAGAUUUGGCUUCGAAACACCACUCCUUCAACUCCAAUGACGGCAUUGCAGAGCUAUUUGUCAAGAUGUUCCCCGACUCCCAAAUUGCCAAAUCCUUCGCUUUGGCCAAGGACAAGACCGGCUAUAUGAUAAAAUUUGGGAUCGCCCCAUAUUUCAAGAGGCAACUAGUCGAGGCCAUAAAUCGUGCCGGCCCUUACGUGCUGAUGUUUGACGAGAGUUUAAACCAAUCGUCCAAAAAAAAACAACUGGACAUUCACAUUCGGUUUUUGGAGGAUGGGUGCGUUCAGUCGCGAUAUUUUGGCUCACAAUUCCUGGGACAUGGAAGAGCUGAUGAUCUGUUGCUGCACAUCAAAGAAUGCAUUGGCCAACUCAACAUGAGGCAGCUCCUCUCAGUUGGGAUGGAUGGGCCCAAUGUAAAUUUUAAACUCCUUGAUCUCCUUCAAAGGGAGUACGCUGAGCUCAAUGGAGGUGCCCAAGUUCUGGUGGUUGGGAGCUGUGGACUCCACACUCUCCACAAUGCCAUGAAGGCCGGAUUUACAGUGUGGCAAAUCGAGAAGUUCCUGCGUGCACUCCAUUUCCUCUUUCAUAACGUGCCUGCCCGGAGAGAGGACUACACCAACACCACUGGAUCUACCUGCUUUCCCCUCUCUUUCUGUGGCCACAGAUGGGUCGAAAAUGUGCCAGUCGCUGAGAGAGCCCUCGAAGUUUGGCCGAUGGUUCAGGCAUAUGUCAGUGCUGCAGAAGAGAAGAAGGUUCAAAAACCGAACACGGCCUCGUACGACACCAUCCUGGCAGCAAGAGAGGAUCCACUGCUAGUACCAAAGCUGCAGUUCUUCCUCUCCAUUGCAAGAGGUUUCAACCCUUUUCUUCACAAGUAUCAGACAGAUGAGCCCGUGUUGCCUUUUUUGGCUAAAGAUUUAUCUGAGCUUCUGUUGAGUUUACUUCGGCGAUUCAUCAAAAGGGAGCUCCUACAGGACCAAACCCCCUUGCAACUCAUUAAGUUGGACAUCUCUGAUGAGAAGAACUGGGUCUCCCUCAGAAGGGUGGACAUAGGCUUGGGAGCGGAAUCAGCCAUCAAGGCACUCCAGGGCAAACCAGGAACCAAGAUAGGGGAACUCUCUGUGCUCAGCCUGAGAAAAGAGUGUUUGCAGUGUCUGGUUCGGAUCAUAAAGAAGCUGCAGGAAAGGUCCCCGUUGAAAUUCCCCAUUGUUAGGCAGAUUGCCUCCCUGGAUCCCACAAAGAUGGCCAAAGAUCCUGAGUGGUGCAUCGUACAGAUGAAGGCAUUAGUGCAGACAUUCAUCCAAGGGCAGCAGUUGGCAGGUGGCAUUGCAGUUGGUGAUGUCAUCAUUCAGCAAUUCACCUCUUUUGUCUCAGAUAGCGUCAGAGAUGAGGAAUUCGUGUCCUUCCAGCCCCUCAGCCAGCGCCUGGAUGUCUUCCUCCAUUCGAAACUCCGCACAUCCCACCCUGACCUGCUGAGGUUUUGCCAGAGUGCCCUCCUCCUGUCCCAUGGGCAGGCAUCCGUUGAAAGAGGGUUCUCUGUGAACAAGGAGGUGGAAACAUGCAAUCUCUACGAAGAGUCACUGGAAGCCCUGAGGUUGAUAUGUGACCAAGUGAAUGCCUGUGGUGGUGUCCUCAAAGUUCCUCUGACCAAGGAGCUCCUGGCCUCUGCUGCAUCCUCAAGGUCACAGUACAGGCUUCACCUUGAGAGUGAACGGAAAAAAAAGGAGAGUGCCACUCAGGAGCUUAAGCGGAAAUCAGCAGAGAAAGAGCUGGAGGACCUCCGGAGUCAGCGGCAGGUGCUCCAGAGUGUGUGCCAGUCCCUAGAAAGGGACGCUGAUAUGUAUGCAGAGAUGGCAGAGGGUAAAUCUGGAACCAAGAUGGCUGAGCUUGUCACAAAAUCCAAUUCCCUUCGCCGAAGCCACAAAGGGAAAAAAAUAGAGCUUCAGACGUUGGAUAAAACUAUCGAGGAGAAGGCCACAAAGCUGAGGCACUUGUGACUGUGCAUUGCUGUUGAAAUGUUAAUGCUUGCUCGUUGUUCCUGUUCUGUGUAGGUUUAUUCGCCUUGCCUUGUGUUUGUUCCAGCAUGUUCCACUGGCUGACUAAGGAUGGUUGCAGUUUAAUCUCUCUAUGUUCUCUCUCUCUCUAUCUCGCUCUCUCUCUCUCUAUGUUCUCUCUCUCUCUCUCUCUCUCUCUCUCGCUCUCUCUCACACUCUCUCUCUCUCUCUCUCUCUCUCACUCUCUCUCUCACACUCUCUCUCUCUCUCUCUCUCUCUCUCUCUCUCUCUCGCUCUCUCUCUCGUGCUCUCUCUCUCUCACGCUCUCUCUCUCUCUCGCCCUCUCUCUGUUUAGUGUCUAAUUUUGAAGUUUAAGUUAAGUUAUUCAUUUUUAAUGAAAUAUUGUUUUUGCACUAUUAAACAUAAUUUUAUUAUUAAAUUUCUUCCCAUUUAACACAUUAUUAUUCGCUCAUUAUUUCAAGGUCCAAUUUAUAGCUGCUCAAAAAGUCUGUUAUACACACAUGCACACUCGCAUACACCUACAAAGCCUCUUUCUCUCGCCCUUUGGUUCCAUGUUCUGUUUGUCCCUCUUUCUUUCACUCUCUAUUUGGUGAGUUGUGUCCAGUGUUGAAAUUGUGAGGAAAUAUUUCAAUAAUUAAUUUUGGAAGCAUAUUUCUUUACUUUACCCCGUCACUUUACUUUACAUUAUGCUGCUGCAGUUUGACGUCGUGUUGGUAGUAAAAAAAUAUUGUGGAGGUAGUGAAAAGGUAGUAAAAAGGUAGUAAAUACAAC